AUGCACCAGAAAAUGAUGAAUUCCCACAUGACAUUUACCUGGGGCAAGAACAGUAAAGAGAGUCUAAUCUCCUACUUAAUAGACUUGAUUUCGGUGUUUCUGCUUUCGUUGCUAGUGGAAUGUCUCUCUCACACCCGGUUCAUCAACGCCGUCACAAACGACAUCGUCGCCGGGCUCAUGCAGACCGUCUUGUACGGAGUCCGGAUCGGACUGGCUUACUUGGUGAUGCUGUUGGUCAUGUCCUGCAACGUUGGGAUAUUGCUGGCCGCCGUGGCUGGAUUUUCUGCCGGAUUCUUGCUAUUUGGUAGUCGGGUUUUCCGUACAUCGGAGACAAUUGGGGUGUAUCAAAAGCCUACAGAUCUUCCUCCACUGAAUUGCUGA